AUGGUCAACGCUCUGUGGGCCACGUUAAUAUCGCUUAUUUUAAUCGGCCGUGUUCUAGCUAACGAUCUAUUUUCCCUGCCACCUGCCACGGAUCACCGCGAGGAGUUGCUUGAGGAUUAUGGCCGUUUUCUGCUAUCCACCAUGAACAGGACCAUCGAUCCAUGCGAGAACUUUUACGAAUUCAGCUGUGGUGGUUGGAAAAAAGCGGAAUUGGUACCGGAACAGGCCAGGAAUACCAGCUUUCUCCACGCCAUUCAGCACAAGAUUGAUGAGCAGGUCCUGGCUUUCCUGCAGAAUGCUACCAAAAGAGAGCUGACUGAUCUGGGUGUUAAUGGAACCAAAUCGGCGGAAGUUAAAGCCAAGCAGUUCUUUGCCAGCUGUGUGGAAGUGAAGGCCAACUUAUCAUUGGGCUAUGAGUAUUUCCAAGAACUCGAUGAGGAUCGUUUGAAGGAUAGCAAUGCCACUUACGAUUGGAUGUACAUCAACUUUAUGUCUAAAUAUGAUAUAUAUCCUCUGUUACCCUUAAAAGUACAUUACAGUACAUCGACUAGGAAGUUUGAUUUACUUUUAACGCUGCCGAGUAAAGUUUUAGCCAGCAUGAGUUCAGAGCAACUGAAAAAUAUGACCAAUGAGUUUGGUUUAGAUACAGAGAAGGCUACCAAAUUUGUGGAAAUCUUUACCAACCUCACACAGUUCGAAAGGAGUUUGAUUUCCUUAGCCAAAGCAAGGAAUGAAACGGAGCAGUUAAAUUUUAAAGAUUUCUUAGCGAAACACAAACACGAUCGUUUAAAUUGGACACGAUACUUUGAACUGGCCUUCAAUGGCAGUCAGGAAUCCCACUGGCCAGUGCUCAACCAACUGGAUAAUAUCAACGAUUUGGUGUACUUUCUAGAACAAACCAAUUUGGAUACAUUGAAAAGUUAUAUACAAAUGAGGGAGCUGCUGAAGUUCUAUGGUUUGUGGAAAACUCAAACUAAAGCCGGAGGAGUCCAAAGUGAAUGUCGCUCUUUGUCGGAGACUUAUUUCAACUACGCUCUCCUGCCUUGGUUUAUUGGGAAGGUUUUCGAUAAGGAAAGGCGUGCAGAUAUACUAAGUGUCGCCAAGGAUAUAAAGGAUACGUUUUAUGAUCUCUUGGACCAUCACACUUGGCUAGAUGACGAAACUCGAUCGCAGGCCAAGACCAAACUGGCUUCCAUGGAUAUUUUAGUAGGCUACACAGAUGAUCUGCAGCAUCGCGAGGUGAUUGAUGGUGUCUAUAAUGAUAUCAAUAUGACCGGAAAUUGGUUUGAGAACCUAUGUAUCCUGGAAAGAAGUAGAGCCAGGAUACGCUUGCGUUCGGUGGACAAGGCAUUGAUUCCCCUUCUCAUGCCAACGAGAACUGUGAAUGCAUAUUAUGCAGAUUUCCUCAACCUGGCUUUUAUCACCAUUGGCAUGGCCCAGUGGCCUUUCUAUCAUAUGGAUUUUCCUGAUGUCUUGAAGUACGCCGGAGUGGGUAAUAUUAUAGGACACGAGAUGGCCCAUGGCUUCGAUUCAUAUUGCUAUCAGUACAAUUAUGAUGGAAAGAAGAGCAACUGGUGGUCAUCAGCUUCGUUGAGGAACUUCAAGGAACGAUAUCGGUGUCUGGAGUCGCAGUAUAAUAAAUUUAUACUAAUGGGUGUCCAAACGAAUGGUACUCUCACCUCUGGCGAUAAUAUAGCCGAUAACGUUGGUACCCGAAUGGCAUAUUAUGCCUUCAAGCGGAAAACUGGCGACAAGGCUUGGUCGGAAAAACCUCUGAGGGGUGUCAAUUUCACUAACAAACAACUGUUUUUCGUCAAGUUUGCCCAAACCUGGUGCAAUGGCAAAGACAACGGCGAUAAGCUCCGGAGACUGAAGACUGAUGUCCAUGCCUACGAUGAGUUCCGGGUUCAGGGCACCUUGAGCAAUAUGCCCGAGUUUAGUGAGGCUUUUAACUGCAAACUGGGCACGGAAAUGAAUCCUCUAAAGAAGUGCGUGGUUUGGUGAAAUAAAAUUGAUUUUGUGAAGAGAAUAGAAGGUUGUUGGUUGUAUUUGUUGGGUUAAAGAGGGGAAAUACUUUUAUAAACCAAAAUAAGUAAUGCUAAGCCAGCCCCAAUGACGACUUCAUUUACUCAGGCCAAGUUCUGAAUACCCCUAAAACAAUCAGCGAUUUCUUGGUUCUCCUGCCGGCAUAAAAUCGAUAUUUCAUGGACUAAACUAACGCCCCCCACU